CUCUCGCUUAUUGUGCGAGCGAAUCGGUUCGCUAUAUUUCCCCCCCAACUUAGUUGUAUCAACUUGGGGUUCAGGAAUUAUAUCCCGUCCUGAAUCCGACUAGAAGAUCGACAACGACACCACUUGUCGGUCGGUCGUGUAGCAGUGUCAAAUAUUGAGCCGGGUUUCUGGUGUUAUUCUUUUUUUUGUAAAUACUGUUAUUUGUAUAUACUGUAAAUGAUGACGUCCAUGGGCGGGAACCGAGCCCGGGGCAGCUGGGAGCAGACACCUGGCCCGGCACAGAGUCAGACACAGCACAAGCAGAGGCCUCAGGCCACUGCAGAGCAGAUCCGACUUGCGCAGAUGAUUUCCGACCACAAUGAUGCAGACUUUGAGGAAAAGGUCAAACAGCUGAUUGACAUCACAGGCAAGGACCAGGAUGAGUCUAUGAUCGCACUGCACGAUUGCAAUGGGGACGUCAACAGAGCCAUCAACGUGUUGCUGGAGGGAAACCAAGACACUGACUCCUGGGAAAUGGUUGGAAAAAAGAAAGGUGUGUCGGGCCAGAAGGACACAAUCCAGACAGAGACCGGAGAGGAUGGAAAGGAGAACAGGGAGAAGGGAGGGGAGAAAGAUGUAGCACGCCGCCGAGGUGGAGCUCCACGCAGAGGCCGUGGAGCCACCAGGGGACGAGAGUUUCGCGGUCAGGAGAAUGGCUUGGAUGGAGCCAAGGCUGGAAUAGCUGGCAGAGGGGCAGAGCGAGGCCGACGGGGAAGAGGCAGAGGAAGAGGGACUAUUGGAGUGUCUGGACGGCGCGGAGGCAGGUUUUCGGCGCAGGGCAUGGGCCAGAUUGAUAAGGGGCCCAGAUAUGAUAUUGCAGGAGGUGAGAGAACAUUCAACCCUGCUGACUAUGCAGAACCAGCCCAGACCGAAGAAAGCUAUGGAGGGGGCAGCACCUGGAACAACACUGGAAGCACAGAGCCCGAGGAAGGUGCUAGGUUGGAAUACGCUGCAGGAGAGGGAACAAAUUACCCGCCCAAGUUUGACUCUGCUCCUGGUGCCUGGAGGUCUGCCACUGAGGAGUGGGGCACUGAGGACUGGACUGAGGAUCUUUCAGAGACCAAGAUAUUCACAGCUUCCAGUGUGGCGUCUGCCCCUGUGCCUCAAGAGAAUGUGACCAUCACCAAAGGACAGAGGAUUGACCUUGCGGUGCUCCUGGGGAAGACUCCACCAUCGUCCUCAUCAGAGACAGAAAACCCCCCCAUGGAGGCCGCCCAGCCCCCAUCCUUGUCCCAGUCACUGGUUUUUAGCAACUCCAAGCAAGGAGUGUCGCAUUCCCAGACAUCGUCCAGCAUCCCUCACACCCAGCACAGCAUGGUCAGCAUGCUGAGCAAGGGUUUCGGGGAUGUGGGGGACGCUAAAGUAGCCAGCACGGGGACCACGGGUUCUCAGUUCCUGGAGCAGUAUAAAACAGCCCAGGCACUGGCCCAGCUGGCAGCCCAGCACUCCCAGACUGGACCUCCGAACUCAACCCCUUCAUCCUGGGACACCAGUGCCACCUCAAUGGGACCGUAUGAUAUGAAGACUCAGGCGGAGUCUGCGGUCCAUUCGCCCUUUACGAAGCGGCAGCCCUACCAGGCCGCCACCUCAACCUCGUCCAUGUUGGAUGUUUUCCUGCAGGACAAAGGCCUGCCUCCUUCCUCCUCGUCUUCUUCCAUGCCACAACAAACAUCGUCAUCCCAUGUGGUGCCUCCACCUGCUUCCUCCCUUCCCAAAAUGGCAGCAAUUCCAUCACUUGGUCAGCAAAUUUCCCCAAGUUCCUCAGAUGCCCAUGGUUCUAGUCCACUGCCACUGCAGCAACAUAAACUCAAACAGCAGAAGAAGAAAGCUUCCAUUACAACAAAGAUUCCUGCAUUGGCGGUAGAGAUGCCUUGCUCAGCCGACAUCACGGGCCUCAAUCUUCAGUUUGGAGCGCUGCAAUUUGGGUCAGAACCAGUUCUGCCAGAAUACGAGUCCGCGCCCGCCACCACAACACAAUCCAGCCAGGUUCAGAACAGUCUGUACACGAGCCCCGGCAGUGAGUCAACUGCAGCUCUCUCCAACCCCAGUCAGAUGGACCUGUACGAUCAGAGAGCUGCCCAGACCCGGCGCUACCCUCCCUCCGCCUCCUCCUCCCCUCAGAAGGAUAUGCAGCCCAAGAAUGGCUUCAAUUCAAUGCAAACUUCACAAUCUGUGGAAGCUGCAGCGGGCUCUGCAGUAUCGGGCAAGCCGGGCUCUGAUUUAGCGCCGCCGGUCUCCAGUAUGGGCUCCUUGGUUGACUGUGGCUCCGCCUCAAUGUUGUCUGCUUCCAAUCAGACGUCCCUCAGCGGUUUGGGGCACAGUGAAGACCUGCCUCCAAGCACCCACCCCCCUCCGCAACACAACAACUCUCACCCAUCACAACAGAACAGCCACAUCCCAUCUUCAGUCCGGUGAUCUAACUCAGGCCUUCUGCAUCACAGCAUAGACGGUGACUCGAGUCUGCACUCCUCCUCCUUCCCAUCCUCAGUUUCCGCCGGGCCGCCAUCCGCUGCCUCCUCAUCCUCGGGCGCUGCUACGCAGGUGUCACUAGGGGGUCCUCAGGCCUCCUCUGUAGGCUCUGCCACGGUUUUAGCCCACUCUGGCCUCGGCCCCGUCAGCAGUCUGGCCAUGGGCCUCAACGCCGCCUCCAUGUGUGUCCCGGCUGCUGCUGCUGCCGCAGCGGCCGCCGCUGCUUCCAUCACCUCGGCGAUGCCUUCUUUAGCUACUUCGUCAUCCUCACGGAACUCUGGGGCGUCCUCAGGGAAACCACCUCCCAACCUGCCACCCGGAGUGCCCCCUCUACUGCCCAACCCAUACAUCAUGGCCCCUGGACUACUGCACGCCUACCCUCCCCAAGUGUACGGCUACGACGACCUACAGAUGCUGCAAACAAGAAUACCGCUGGAUUAUUACAGCAUCCCGUUUGCAACUCCCACGACGGCACUGACUGGCAGAGACGGCGGCUUGACAAACAACCCUUACUCUGGUGACUUAUCAAAGUUUGGUCGAGGUGACUCAUCAUCCCCGUCUCCUGCCACCACAUUAGCUCAGACCCAACAGACCCAGACGCAUCACAACACGCAGCAGCCCUUCCUCAAUCCCGCGCUGCCGCCUGGUUACAGCUACACAAGCCUCCCUUACUACACUGGCAUGCCGGGCCUGGCCAACACCUUCCAGUACGGACCUGCUGUGUUUCCGGUGGCUCCUACCUCGUCGAAGCAGCACGGUGUCAACGUCGGCGUCAAUGCAUCAGCCGCUGCCUUCCAGCAGGCUGGUGGCUAUGGUUCCCAUGGAUACAGUACUGGCUAUGAGGAUGUGGGCCAGGCUUCAGGGAGUGGGGAUUUCUGUAAGGGCGCAUACGGCACUGCCGUGGCCGCUGCCGCUUCUGCACAAAACAAGCCAGCCAGCUCUGUUUCCGGGCCGGGAGUCGGAGUCUCUGUGACAUCAAGCAACACAGGGGUACCAGAUAUUUCAGGGUCUGUUUACACAAAGACGCAGUCGUUUGAGAAGCAGGGUUUCCAUGCUGGCACACCCGCAGCUCCGUUCAGCCUGCCCUCAGCUCUGGGCAGCGGGGGACCCAUCAACCCCCCGGCUGCUGCUGCCUACGCCCCAGCCCCCUUCAUGCACAUCCUGGCACCGCACCAGCAACCCCACUCUCAGAUCCUGCACCACCACCUGCAGCAGGACGGACAGAGCGGCACUGGACAGCGGAGCCAGAACGCCUCCAUUCAACAGAAGUCCCAAAUCAACAAGCCGGCAUACAACAGCUACAACUGGGGAGCAAACUAACAUCAACCCCCCCGCCCCUCCCUCCCCAUGCUGUUGACAGACGGUCGCUGGGGGCUCAUCACUUCUUCCGCAAACAGCCUCCACAUGUAAACUCCCUUUGGCCCCCUGCAGAGACCCCCCCCCCUCCCUCCCUCAGUCUCUUGGCCCAGCACUCCUGCAGCUCUGAGGGCGAUUCUGUGCUGUACCGAGAGAACCGGCACUGUAGUGAUGCAUGGUGGGAAGGGCGGGACGAAGGGGCUUAGAACAUCAAAAUCUGAGCUAAAUGGUUAUAGAAAUACACCAUUAAGAGGUGAAAUAUUGAGUGUUGGGAAUUUGUAUUGUUAAUGCUUCAGCCUCACCCCUUUUCUUUGACUUGUAUGUAACAUAGAACUGUUUUCUAAAAGAAUGAACACCUCCUGUAUAGUUCUUUUUUUUUUUUUUUUUUUUUUUUUUUUUUUGGUCCUCCCCAUUUCUUUUUUUUGUGCUGAUGGGGAGGAAUGAAGUAAUAUCUAAAGGUGGGGGAGCAGGCUAGUUUUAUAUUUCCCACCCUCAACUCCCCACUCCUUCCUUUUUUUUUGGUGGAAUACAAAAUACCCAAAUGCAUAAAUUAGCUUAAUUGCUCUCGAAUGGUUGUUUUUUUAUUUUAAUGUAAUUUUAAUUUUGAAGAAACAAUUCCCUAAAUUGGUAGAGUUGUGAAGUUUAUUUUUUACCAAAUCUAGAUAUAUUAUAUAUAAAGGAAUAUAAGCAAGCUCACUGGCUUGGACUGUGAGGAAAGUGUGUUUGUCAUGUGACUGCGUGCAUGUUUGUACACACGGGGGCUGUGGUUGUGUACUGUGCUGUUUUUUUGUUUUUUUUUCCCUAGCACAGAAUUUUUCAUUAUCCACCACUGUACAGUAACUGUUCCCAUGAAAUAUAAAUAUGUUGCAUAAAGGCCCCACCUAUUCUGCAAGUGAUGUUGAAUGAUUUCAAAGGCCAAUACACACCCAAUCUGCCUUCCAGUGUGUUAUAUUGUUUUGGUUUUUUUAGGACCCCCCCCCCCGCCCCCACCACCUCUCUGCUCCACCACCUGUCACCCAUUUAAAGGAAACUUGCAGCGUUGAAUAAUGAUGGACAAAAUUGUACUUUUUUUUUUUUUUUUUUUGUCAGUGAUUUAUUUUUUCUUUUUGUACUGUGCGUUUUAAAAACAAUUUAAAUGGAUAAACUUGUCUUGUACAUAUAAAAAAAAAACAAGUACUGUAGUCACUGUUUGUUUGAUGGCUUUCUUCUUUCCCACAGACUUGUUUAGCUUUUUGUUUCAUGUAUUUUUAUUUUGUAAAAAUAUAUAAAUAUUAGGUAAAUAAACUAGAAAGACGUUUUUCAUAA